UUCGCCUCAUUUUCUGCUUCACUCUCUUUUUCUCUCUCCUUCAAUCUUCAACUUCCACCAUAAAAACUAUAAACAACAAAGUUUCCAACUUGUACUCAAUGACUCCAUUUACUACUUCUCUCUCGUUUGUUUUGAUUUUGUGAUUUUCAACAAAAGUGAUCAGAUGGGAAUUCCUUUUUCUUUUGGUUUCUUGACUACUGCUGCUGCUUAUGACUUUGUUGCUCCAACUAAAGAAAUUCAAUGGUUGGUGUCUGUUUUCGCCGGUAUCAUCUUCUCUCUUAUUGUUUAUAGAUUUACUGCCAUUUUUAGUUCUCGGUUCGCGGGAUACAGAAAAUUGACCGGUGCUGUGAAAGUUGAAUGGAAUAACCGGGGAUUCUCAACAUUCCAUGCUCUUUUUGCAGCCUUUACGUCACUUUAUCUCUUGAUCUUAUCAGAUCUCUUCAAGGAUGGUUCACAAGAAAAGCUUGUUGUUAAUCGAUCAUCUGCUUUCUCAAAUUCAGUAUUAUCGUUCUCUACAGGUUAUUUCCUAACAGAUCUGGCUUUUGUUAUUUGGAAUUUUCCAGCGUUGGGAGGUCUUGAAUAUGUUCUACACCACGGACUGUCGUUGUUUUCAAUCAUCCAAUCUUUGCUAAUCGGUCAAGCACAGAUCUACAUAUUAAUGGUUCUUUUCACCGAGAGCACAACUCCUUUUGUAAAUCUAAGAUGGUACUUGGAUACCGCCGGUCUUAAGAGCUCAAAACUUUACAUCUGGAAUGGCAUUGCGUUGUUCUUCGGGUGGUUGGUAGCAAGGAUUUUCUUGUUCAUUUUCUUGUUUACUCACAUGUGGACCCAUUUUGAUGAGGUGAAGCAGGUCGUUCCAUUGGGUUUCUACAGCUUGCUGGUGGUGCCAUCUGUGUUGGCAGUGAUGAAUUUAUUUUGGUUUUGGAAGAUUGCUAAGGGUAUGGUCAAAACUAUUUCAAAAGCAAAGCAUAGCAAGUGAUGAUCACGAUACAUUUCCUACUGCUCUACUUGAUGAUGCAUCAAAUGGUCAUUACAUUGCUUCAGUACAGUUGAAAUCAACAAUUUUUCUUUUCACUUACAAAUUAUUACUAUAGUUGUAAGAUUCAGUAGAAUUGUAUAUUUGGCCUUACUGAAUUGAAUAAUUUUUAUUUUCAUGAUUAAAUUUAUUCUUAUAUUAUUCUAAAAAUUGUUAGCAUCAAA